AUGGGGUUCUCCGUGACGAAGAGCGCGAGCAGGUUCGGGGGCUCCGUGAACACGGACAGCAGCCGGACGUCCGUGCGCCAGUCGGCGACGGCCGGGUGGCCGAGGCGCAGCGUCGUGAGCCGCGCGAGCGACGCCGCGGCCUGCCGCGUCGCCCGCGCGUGCGCGGCCUUGCCGCAGCGCGCGAAGACGCUCAACGCAAUGCCGCCGCAGUACUCGAGGACGACGCCGACGCUCUCGGGCGGGAGCCGCCGCGCGCGCGGCGCCGGCGGCCCGUCGAGCCGCGACCGCUUCCGGCCGCGCGCCUGGUCCUCGCUGCGCCAGUGGGGCGCGCUCGGCGCGCUCGGCGCGACGGGCGUCGACGGCGCGACGGCGGCGACGUCGGGCGCCGCCUCGUAG